AUGAUGGUCUUUCUUUCUUUCUUUCUUUCUUUCUUUCUUUCUUUUUUUUUUUUUUCUUUUUUCUUUCUUUCAUUUUUAUUUGCUUCGUGUCUCUCUCUCCAUUUCUUUUUCUUCCCUGUUUCGUUCUUUCUUGCUUUCUUUCUAUCUUUCCUUCUUUUUCCUCCCUCCCUCUAUAUCUUUCUUUCUAUCUUUCCUUCUUUUUCCUCCCUCUCUUUCUUUCUUUCUAUCUUUCUUUUUCAUCUAUCCUGCCUAUCUCUAUUUCAUUCUUUCUUUUUCUUUCUUGUCUUUCUCUCUGUAUCUCUCUCCCCCCUCUCUCUCUCUCUCUCUCUGUAUCUCUCUUUCUCUCUCACUCUUCCUUCCUUUUUCUUGUCGUAUCUCUCUUUCUUUCAUACUUUCUUUGUCCUUUUUUUCGUUUUGUCCUUUUGUGUGACAAAUUACUUUCUUCCCUUCACUCUCUCUCUCUCUCUCUCUCUCUCUCUCUCUCUCUCUCUCUCUCUCUCUCUCUCUCUCUCUCUCUCUCUCUCUCUCUCUCAUCAAAGGUCUAUCUAUCUAUCUAUCUAUCUAUCUAUCUAUCUAUCAGUCUCUCCAAUCUAUCUAUCUAUCUAUCUAUCUAUUAUCUAUCUAUCUAUCUACAAUAAUCUGAUCAUUAUCUAUCUAUUGUUUUCCUCUUUCUUUCUUUCUUUCUUUUUUUUUCCUUUUUUUUUUUUCUUUCUUUCUUUCUUUCUAACACGAGAUUUUUUCUUUUUCUCUCUUCUUUUUAAUCUGAGAUUUUUUCCUCUUUCUUUCUUUCUUUUUUUCUUUCUUUCUAAAACUUCUUUUUCACUUCUCGUUUUUCUUUCUUUUAAUCUGAAAUUCUUUCUUUCUUUUCUCUUACUGUCUUCCUUUAUUUCUUUUUUAUUCUUCUAUCUUUCUCUCUAUUUUUCUUUUUUUUUAUGUGAUUCUUUCUUUCUUUGUUUUCUUUCUUUCUUUUUUUGCUUUCUUUCUUUCUUUCUUUGCUUUCUAUCUUUCUCUCUAACAUGA